CUCUCAAUAACGCGAAAGUCCGGGACGAAGGCUCAAGAUUUUCAGGAAGUUUUAUAAUGGUGGCGUACGUUUGUUAAUUCAUUUGGAGAUAUACGUUCUUUGCAUUGCUGGAUUGUGUCCUGUUUUAAGUAACAACGAUGAUGUGCAUGAAUGGUUUCGCUUUCUAAACAGCGCCUUUAUGACUUUCUCGAUCUCAAAAGGAUAAUCCGAUUUCCAGAUGAAGAGAGCUUAUACAGUGACGCUCCUUUCUUUCACUGCACACGGAGAUAUACACACACAAUGAAGUAGUACUGUAAUCUGUAUGCCUUACAGGCCAAUAUGUGGUAUUUACAUAGAAUAAUAGUCUGAUACACUACCGUGUAGUGCUUUUGAAGAUCAGUGUUCAUGAUGUUGUUUCGCGAAAAUCUUGAUAUUUUGUAUUUGAUGGCACCUCUCUCGUUCGUCUAAGCCCUAAGAACUCGUGGUCAGACAUAAAGCAACGAUGAGGUUCUGGCCCCGGAGGAGACUCAUCAUCGCUAUCAUCGCAGCAUGUAGCUUACUCGUGUUCGUCUAUCUCCCAUGGACGAACUACAAUCAGGCUUCCUUCGUGACAACAUUGAUUGGCGGUCAUCGACGUCUAGCCGUGGUCGAUGACCAGGCAAGGGAUAACCCUACCUCGAGGAGAGACCGACAAAUAAGUUUGAGCGUCAUACGUAAUGCCUCAAGGCCCAUUGAUUGGUCCAAUGCUGUACCGAAACGUAAGGAUGACGUCAUCAGUGGUGUGUCGCUCCACCAGCGUAGGUUCGGAAUCAGUCAGCAGAAAAAAGAUGGAUUGGUACAAGGAGGGCCAGAGAAGCAAUAUCGGUCUCAAAACAAAUACCGCAAUUCACAACAAAAGAUAAAGACAGAGCUCUCACGAAAUCUCCGUGACGGCAAAGCCAUAGAGGUCCUCAGCGCCGACCCGGUACGAAAAGACGUGAGCGGGAACGGUGGAAAGUGUCUUCCUCGCCACAAUGUGGUCUUCUGGAAGACCCAUAAGUGCGGGAGCUCGACGAUGCAGAACAUGAUGUUCCGUCAUGCAAUCAAGAACGAUCUCCGACUGUUGUUGCCGCCUAGGACACAUCUCUUUGAUCUGAUACGGCGGUUUAAUGCUACCAGGGACGUCCCGAGGGAUUUUAUUGAGAGGGGGAAACACUUCAACAUGUUCGCGCACCAUGCCAGGUUCAGCGCUCCAGAUAUAGCAACCCUGAUGCCUCGAGAUAGCCUCUACGUCACGAUCCUGAGAUCACCACUGACCCUCUACGAGUCCAUCUACUCCUAUCUGGGACUUGGUAAGGACUUCGGCAACCAGACGCACUUAGUUAAGAUUAAUACCUUCUUGAGGAACCCAAACGCAUUUUACAACGCGUCGGACUUAAAUGUACAUCGCCGCUAUGCCCGAAACCCUCUCCUCUACGAUCUCGGUCUAGAGCCGGAAGACAUGGACAGCAAAACAAAGAUUGCGGACACCAUCCUCGAAGUGCAGCUCAGGUUCCAUUUUGUUUUGAUUUCAGAGUACUUUGACGAAUCUCUGAUUCUAUUAAAAGAUUUGAUGUGCUGGGACUUCAGUGAUAUAAUUUAUCUAAAGUUAAACGCGAGAGAGCAGAUACAUAAAACUUCGCCAUAUACCGCUAACAAGAUCGAGAAGUGGAACUACGGUGAUAUGCAGCUUUAUCAGUACUUUAACGACUCCUUUUGGAAGAGAGUGGAGGCGUACGGGCGCACCCGUAUUGAGCAGGACGUUAGGACGUUGCGAGAUUUGAACGCGCGGUUGAUGGACCGCUGUGUAGAAGAAGCAACCAAUGCAGAUGAUAUCGAGGACCAGGAAUCUCAAUGGCAUCCCGAAGGUAUCAACAUUGUUGCGUAUCGCCUGAAGGCAUCGGCGGUGAACGAUCGUACUUGCAGGGAUAUCAUCAAGUCCGAGAAACCCUUUACGGAGGAGAUUCGGGCCAAGCAAGGGGACUAUUAUUUUGCACCGAAAGGUGCUGAAGAGUUAAAGAAAUGGUGGCAUAUCGAGGACGAGUCGGAGAAGAAGGCUGUCAAGGUUUUGGACGCAAUGCUUGACCGGAUCCAUCCUCAAGAAAAACCACCUUGAGUCUAUAAAGCAUCAUUAUAAUUAUAUAACUCAGAGGUGCAUCAGAUAUAACUCGAUACUAUAGAACGAACUCGAUGGGCAUUGUAGGGCAACGGGGUUUAAUGAGUUCAAGUGCUACCUAUAAUACACAACAGACCGCUACCAAUUUUCGAAGAGAUCAUUUACCGCUGUAUUGGGUGGAUUAUCGUCGCACUGGGCCAACACCGGGGGUGCCAACUCGGCAUUUCCACCGGGUCCGAGUCGGGCAUGGUGCUGAGCUAGCCUGGAUUCCCUCUAAAUAGUCCUAAAAUCAUGAUCAUCUACAUAAUUUCAAGUCUACAAAUACCUUAAAGUACUUAUUUACAAACUAGUUCUCACAUUCCUAGCAGAGAAACUUAUAUUAAUGUUUAAAAAGACGUUCUUCCAAUAUUUGCAAUUGUUGAGCUCUCCUAGAAGAUUCGGUCUUUACUAUUUACCGAGUCGUCCUUAGUGCUGAUAAGUAUCCCGGACCCCCCCCCCCCCUGUAUCACAGUUAUAUUACGGCUCAUUUUGAGAUUGUGAUUGAGAUGAGAAUCAUUGUGCCAUCCCUGGAUCGAGACUUCUGCACUCAAGGUCGUCAGCAGUAAACAAGAAAGGAAAUGGAUUGUCAAACCUUUUAACGGAAGUAUUAUAAAUGUAAUUUAUGGUGCUUGGUUACUAAUCAUAAGUGAUUAUGGUAGACUUGGUUAUAAUUGAAUGGGAAGAUGAUGAUAGAUACAACGUAUAUUAUUUGCCCGUCGUAUGAUAGGCUAUACGUCGUUGUCUGAGGUUAGACAGUGUCAAUCAUACUUGUGACCUUAAAAUUAAACAAAUAUAUGGUACAUUGAAUUUUCAAACAUUUUGUUGCAUGGCGCAGGUAAUAACGCAAGCGAAAUGACGCCUCAUAAUAUUACGAUCAACGGGCAUUAAUUGGAGUGGCAAAUUAUGUUACCCCCCUCCCUUUUUUUCUACACUUAUUCGCCAGGGCUUAUUACAUUGAUUAUGCAAAUAUAGCAUGUAUUGACAAUCAUAAAUCACCAUCUGUAGCGGCGGGAUCGGGGAGCAGGCCCCCUCAAUUUUUUGGAAAAGUAUUUUGAA